CGCACAGCACGACGCGCGUAUCAGUGCCGGCGCGUCGGCAAAUAACCUCAUUCUGCAAACCGACUGAGUUAAAAGGGCUUCUCUUCUAUACUACCGUCGGGUUGAAGAGGUGACACCAUUAGUAAGUGUAAUCUGUAGCUCAAGUUCCGCCAUGGCUGCGCUGUCGGGAGGAGAGAUGUGCAUCAAAUACCUGAUGUUUGCCUUCAAUCUGGUUUUCUGGCUUGCAGGCACUGCUGUCUUUGCUAUAGGCCUGUGGCUAAGAUUAGACCCAAAGACCAAAGGCUUGUUUGAAGGACAAGACUCUCCAUAUGUGUUCUACACAGGUGUAUAUAUCCUGAUAGGAGCUGGAGCACUGAUGAUGGUGGUAGGUUUUCUGGGAUGUUGUGGGGCCAUCCAGGAGUCUCCCUGUAUGCUUGGAUUGUUUUUCUUCUUCCUGCUUAUCAUAUUUGCCAUUGAAGUUGCAGCUGGAAUCUGGGGAUUUUCCAACCAGAGCAAGGUGGUGAAUGACAUCACAACAUUCUACAUACAGACUUACAAAAACUUCGAGAACACAAGAGAUGAGCGCCUCAAAGAGACACUGCGUGUGAUUCAAAUGGGGUUGAAUUGUUGUGGUCCAACUGGUACUGUAAUAGAUGCUGCCAAAGACACCUGUCCCCAGGGAGAGCCGCUUGAGGAGCUCAUUACUAAGAGCUGUCCUGAUGCCAUUGAUGAGGUGUUUGACUCCAAGCUACACAUCAUAGGAGGAGUGGGCAUCACCAUUGGGGUAGUUAUGAUGUUUGGGAUGAUCUUUAGCAUGCUCCUGUGCUGCGCCAUCAGGAAGUCUCGGGAGGUGGUGUGACACACACCAUCACAUCGUGAAGUCCUUGUUAAUGUUGCAUGAUGUCAUUCCUUGAGUCACAUGGCUCUCCACUGCCAAUAGAAACACUGCUUGUACAAGGGUGAUAACCAAUGCUAGACUGGGUACAGAUAUUUCUGGUUAUUAUAUCAGUAAUAACUCUACUGACGACACUUAAACCCACCUUCCUGGACUAGAUAGAUGCAAUAUGAUUAAUAGGCCCAAUUAUAGAAUGGGUGUCAUCUGUGCUUCAGUGGAAAUGUAGUACAGAAAUGUGUAAUUUUGUGGUCAUUUGAUUGAAAUUAGUGUUUGUGAACUGCUAAUUAUCUAAACAAAAGAUCAUACUAUUGUGUACUGAUCACAUUUCUAUUGCUAUCACUUUUGGUCACCUACUGGCAAGAGGAGUCAUGGUCCAGGGACAAAAAUAGCCAACCACCACUUCAGCACAAUACAGCAAUAGCCAAUGAUAUUUACAAUUCCUUUUUCUUACAAAACUGAAGUCAAACCAUGGUGACUUGUAGCCAAUGGAAUGCUAAGCUGUGAACUGUGGUGACUGUGGUUUUUUCAAGCUUAGUAUUAGAGUAGCAUCUCAGUUCCUUCACUGUAGUGACCUUUCAUUUGUUCCUUUCCUUACUUUCCCCAUCUCCUAAUUUGCCCAUUCUAAAACGCCUUUAAUUUUUUUGGUAAUAUUUUGUAAAUGUUUUUCUUUUUGUAAAAACUGUAUAAACUUAGCUGGUUGUAUGGUACAUAAGGUUUGAUGAUGUAUUUUAUAAUGUCCUUUUCAUUUUACAGAUAUUGGAUUGAUUUAUACCAUAUGCACUAUGUUUCACAAAGAGGAUUAUUAAUGAUGAGUCAAAUAAACCAAAAUGAAUUAACAGA